CCUGUGCCUUUCAGGUCCUCGAGUGCCUGGACUUGAAGGAAUGCAGUGACAGUGUUCUGGAGAUCAUGUCACAGAACCUGCAGAGCGAGCACAGGGCGAGGUGUUACUUGGCCCUCAGAGGCCUCGUAGUGCUGGGCAAGAAUCCCUUGAUGGCUGAAAAAAUGGGGAGCCUGACGGAAAGUCUUGUGGAGCUCCUGGAGGAAAAUGACAGUGACAUGGUCAGGAUGACCAUUCUUCUACUCCGAUAUUUGCUCCUGGAUAAUGGUGCCCCAAUACCCACCCCCAUCGCCCUGCAGCUGGCCGAGGCGCUCCUGCCACUUUUUGACUGCGAUGAUAGCCAGGUGCAGCUGAGCUCCAUGUGUGUCUUUCAAGAGAUGCUGGACUUGUUAAUGCAAGAGGGAAGAAAGGCCCUGAAGUCCCACGUGUGCCAGAGCCUGCUCCCACUCUACUUCCACUGCCAUGAUGAGAAUCAGCUUGUAGCUGAGGCCUCCCGGGAAAUGCUACAUUCUUCAGCCAGAUUCCUGAAGAGGAGGGAUCUCGAUCAAGUGCUACAGGUGGAUCAGACAUGGAGGUUCGGCGAGAGCCUGCUGGCAGAGGACAGGAGUAGAGCGGCCGAGCACCUGCGCCGGGCCCUGCGCUACCUGCAGAGCCCACAGGAGCCCCUGCGAGAGGCGGCCAUCAGGUUCAUGGGGAUGGCCGGGCAGCACCUGAGGGGGAAGAAGGAAGAGCUCCAGCUGAUCUGCAGUGCCCUUGAACACCUGACGGAGGACAUCAGCAGUGUCAUGUCAGACAUGGCAUACCAAACUUUGUGUGUCCUCCAGGCCCUGCAGAGUGAGCGAUAUACCCUCUUCCAGAGGCUGCAAGAUCAAUUCCACAGGAGCGGCUGGGCAGGGGCCGGAGCUGCGGGGAUCCCUGCGAGAGCGGUGCCUGGAGAUGGCCAUGAGCCUUUUGCCAGGCAGGAAGCGCCAUCCGUGUCCUCCUGCCCAUGUGCUGCUGGCUGGAUUGCUGAGGGCUCCGAGGUGCCUCUGGCUAGGGCUCCUCUGGAGCUGCUGUGGGGCUGUGGUGCUGCUGCCGGGCAGCUUGGCCGGGCUGGGGGAGACCCUGAGGGGACAGGGCACCGGGAAGCCCUGAGCAAUUGGGUGUCAGAGGCCAUAAGCAGCCCCCUGGCAGCUGCCUUGCUCCUGCUGGAGCUGACUUGCAAGACGGAUCCUGGGCGCUCUGGAACUAACAGCAUCAGUGUUGUUGGAAACCUGUGGGGGGAUUGGUGUGGGAUGCAGAGGUUCAGGGACAUCACACGACAACCAAUAUGA